CGCGCGCGGCGUCCGUUGUGGGACCGUUGGGGCGGGCGGCGGUGGCGGCGGCGCGCGCUGCGGGCAGAGUGUGGAGGCGCGGACGCGCGGCGGAGCUCGAGCUGCUGCAGCUGCUGCCGCCGCCGGAGGAACCUUGAUCCCCGCGCUCCGGACACCCCGGCUUCGCCAUGGCUGACCAGCUUACUGAGGAGCAGAUUGCAGAAUUCAAGGAGGCCUUCUCCCUUUUUGACAAGGAUGGAGAUGGCACUAUCACCACCAAGGAGCUGGGGACAGUCAUGAGGUCCCUGGGACAGAACCCCACCGAAGCAGAGCUGCAGGACAUGAUCAACGAGGUGGACGCAGAUGGGAACGGGACCAUCGACUUCCCGGAGUUCUUGACCAUGAUGGCCAGAAAGAUGAAGGACACGGACAGCGAGGAGGAGAUCCGAGAGGCCUUCCGUGUCUUUGACAAGGACGGCAACGGCUACAUCAGCGCGGCGGAGCUGCGCCACGUCAUGACGAACCUGGGCGAGAAGCUGACCGACGAGGAAGUAGACGAGAUGAUCCGAGAGGCCGACAUCGACGGGGACGGCCAGGUCAACUACGAAGAGUUUGUACAGAUGAUGACCGCGAAGUGAAGACCGGGCAGCUGGCGAUGCCCGUUCUCUUGGUUUCUCUCUCCUCGCGCGCACACUCUCUUCGACACUCCCCUGCGUUCCGGUUCUAGCAAACACCCGUCGGUUGACUGAGAAUCUGAUAAAGCCACAAAGGAUUUGUCCCGUGCUGCAUGACUGCUCUCCCUCCCGCCCUCUCUCCCAGUCCCCUUCCACGCCCUCCCACUGGCCUCUGCAAGGGCCUGAGGCGUUUAUGAUACGAGCCCCCUCCCCUUGGGGGCGCCUCUGCCCUCCUCCGCCAGCCCAGGCAUCUCUCCUCUGUUUCGGUCUGUUCCCUUCCAUUUGUCAUCUUAUUUGGGGUGCUGGGGUGGCUGCCAGCCCUGCCCGGGACCCGCUAAGGAGGAGGCGAGGCCUCGCCCAGGCAGGAGAGUGCGCCUUUGUGGGCGCAUGCAGCCAGCCCUGCGGUUCCGGGUGCAGAUCCCAGCAGCCUUCAGGGCAGGGGGCCGAGAGAGGUUCUGGAAGGACUGAGGCUUGUGGUGUUGGCUGGGUGUGGCCCUGGAGGGGGUCGACGGGCCAGGGAGUCUUGGAAGCUGGCAUUCUUUUCCCACUUGAGGGGCCAACUCAUGGCGGGGGCAGACAGAGUGGACAGCACCCAGGCCCCGCUGGCUGCUGUCCAGAAUCCUCCAAUUGGCCUCCUGACACCGGGCUGGUGGGGGCCGCCCAGUCGGCCACGCCGCAGACCGGACCUGCCCUGCCCCUAAAGCACUCUCCAGCUGUUGUGUAAAUACUUGGUGCUAACAUCCCAUGCCGCCCCCUCAUGACACCGCCCACCCGCAUCACCGUCCCCUCGUGGGAACCGGUGUGGGGAUGGUCGCUUUGUAAUGUGCUGGUUAUCCUGUUGGGUUCCCCCCCCCCCCUUUACGCCCCUGAAAACUUUAAUUUUUGUCAGAACCAUGCCGGGCUAGCUGAAGGGUGGAGAGAGGGAAGAUGCGCCCGCCACACCCUCGGGAGAAAACGCCCGCAAUAAACAGUCUCGGCGGCCGCAGCCGGCCCUCCCGCUUCUCCGAGAUGACUCGGCAGGCCCCUCGCACCCACACCGCACCCACACCGCGCUGUCUGUGCCCUCCUGCCCCGCCUCCCCCGCCCACCUGCCUGCCCCCACACCCUCCCCCAGCGGAGAGCAUGAUCCGUGACCCUGCUUCUGACUUCCGCCUCUGGGACAAGCAAGUCGAUGUGGGCAGUUCGGUCGUCUGGGUUUUGUUUUGUUUUUCUUCUUUUCCCUUUUUCUGUUCAUUUCAUCUGCCCCCCGCCCCCACUCCCAGGUCGAUCAAGUGGCUUUUCCUGCCCAGCUUUGAGAGUCUCUUCUCGUCCACCCUCUGGCACCCGCCUCCAGGGGAGGGGAGGGGAGGGAGGGACGGGACAUGGGAGACCCAGCCGAGAGCUGGGGGUAAGGGCAGGUAGGCGUGAAGCUGUGGACGUAUUCGGAGUGUUUUGGUUUUGGUUUUAUUUGGUUCUUUUUUUUAAACCGGGCAAUAUUGUGUUCAGUUCAAGCUGUGAAGAAAAAUAUAUAUCAAUGUUUUCCAAUAAAAUACAGUGACUACCUGA